UCUACUAAGAAGCACACACUGAAAUUCUCUCUCCCCGCCCCCCGAGCUCAUGCCCUCCGCCACCCCCACCGCCGCUGCCGCGGCCGCAGCCUCCAGUGGCCUGAACCAUAAUUCAACUUUUCCUCUCUCCUUCAAAACCGAACUCAAGCCAUUUUCUCAGCAGGCCUCCGAGAUGCUAGACCCGUCGUCGUCUUCUUCAUCCGGUCCAAUCCGCAUCGACGGAUCCGAACACGACGCCGCACUAUCCAAAUCCGAGUUCCUGACCCGACCCGAAGUUAUAAACCGCCGUGCUCGCAGAGUUAAACAGCUCGCCCGGAUUUACCGUGACCACUACUGGGCGUUAAUGGAGGAGCUUAAAUUGAAGUACAGAGAGUACUAUUGGGAGUACGGAAAGAGCCCCUUUCUAGACGAUGAGGAGAAUGAAAAGAUGAAUUCGAAUCGCGGGGAUUGCACUGGGUCAACUGCAGAGAAUCCUGGUAAUGGGAAUUUGGGGAUUAAUGGUGGGAGUGUUAAUAGUAAUGUUGCAAGCAGAUGUGGGGUCCAUGGUUGCAAGGCGAAGGCGAUGGCUUUGACUAGAUUUUGCCAUAUGCAUAUACUGUCUGACGCUAAACAGAAGCUUUAUAAGGCUUGCAGUUUCUCCAUAAAGAGUUCCACUACAGGACCUAUACUCUGCGGAAAACCAAUACUGAGAUCAACUGUUCCUUCCUAUUGCCCUCUCCAUUUCCAAAAAGCUGAGAAGCAUAUGGUACGUGCUCUCAAAAAGGCUGGUCUCAACGUCUCCUCAACAAGUAAGCUUGCUCCUAAAUUCCAUGUCAUAAUCGCGGAAUAUGUCCGCCAAAUCCAGCAAAAGAGAAGAGCUGCACAAAAGGCAAAUCUUGAAAAUGCCGAAGUCGUUAAGGAGGAAAACAAUUCUUGAUACUCUUGCUCAUGCAUGACAUAUAUGCUGUAGAAUAUGCAUUCUUUUAUUCCUUGAGCGAGUUGGUGAAGUUGCAGAGUGUAAAUCGAAAAAGGAACUUAUCAAUGGCUAGUGGAUACAUCUGGACUAACUCAAGCUUAGUAUGAGACAAUCAGACAUGAAACUUGGUAGAUGAAAUAUUGUGCAUAUUAGAGGUACCAUUUGCUGCUUGAUUUAUCCUUGCAUUUUUCCUUUAACUCAGCAUUGUCGGCCGGAGCUUGCGGUAUUCAGUAUAACUGAGAGAAAGAAAUAAUGUUUAUUUGAAUCUAAUGUAAUAUACAUGUGCACUGUAAGAUUUGGGCGUGUACAAAGUUUUGACUUAGAAUAUCUUUGAUUUGUUCCAA